AUGAGCCACCGCAAAGGGCUGGCCCAUGCUAACCAGGCAGACAGAGCUCUCGCUAAUGGAUUCAUCGCUACAAUUGCUGACGUACCAGCAGUGGGGCAGCUCGGAGUGGGUGUGCUGAUCCUGGAAGGGAAAGAGCAAACUCCCUCUUCUCCGGAUGACCUGUCUCAGGGAUGCUUCGCAGUCCGAGAAGCAUCGAUGGAGGCAUUGGAGUUGCAGCUGGAGGCAGUGGAAGCACAGAUCCGUGACCUCAAGAUGAAACGAGCACAGCUCCGGGAACAACGGGCCUUGCUUGAUGUCUCCCGGGCUGUGGCUUGCUCAUCUGAGAUGACUAUUGAAGCUCUUCUCCUCAUUGUAGCUGCUCUGCAGGAUCACACAGCAGCUGCUGUUGAAUAUCCUCUGGAUAUGGCUCUGAAUUCAGUUGAUGAUCAGUAUGAUGGAUGCACAGACAACAUGACAGCUUUGGUGAAAACAAAAUAUCUGCCGAAGGAACUCAGUAGCUCUGAAUUUAAUUUCAAAGAUGCUUGGAGAGAGGCUGAAAACCAUUCUAAAAUGCCAGAAAAUAACUUGACAAUUGAUCAUUCAUUUGCCAUCUAUAUGUACACUGGUGAUAAAGUGUUUCGUGAUUUCAAUAAUGCCACUCGUUCUGGCAGGGAAAACUACACCAUUGGGAAAUACGGCUGGUAUUCACUUCACUUUCUGUUAACAGAGGCCUUACAGAUUCUGAAAACAACACAAAAUAGAUGCUUUGAUACCUUUCGUAGUACAAAAUCAAAGUUUGAACUUCUCAACAACACUGUUCGUUUUGGCUCAUUUGCAUCUUCCUCUUACAAUCGGAGAAAGGCAACGUUUUUUGGAAAUAAAUCUUGUUUUGAGAUUCACACCUGUGAAGGUGCUGAAAUUACGAAUCAUUCCAAGCUUAAUCAUGAGAAAGAGGUGCUGAUUCCUCCAUAUGAGAUGUUUAGAGUCACUGAAACCAAGACAAUUGAUAAGCAGAACGAUCUGUGGUGUGAAACUGUGUAUGUGUUGAACAGCACCGGGAUAAGGAGUGAUCUGAACUGUGCUCUGACCAAGCACUCAUGA